UUCCUCCAUCCCCUUCCCUUCCCCUAACCCUUCUCCUCCUCCUCCUCCUCCUCUUCUCCCCGCCCCGUCGUUGCGUGCGCUUCGCUCCUGCUCCUGCCGCUGCUGCUGCUUCUGCUGAGAGACAGAGACACAGAGAGAGAAGAGAGACCGCGUUCGAGUCAGUCAAAGAUGGCCGGGAUCGGUCCGAUCAGGCAGGACUGGGAGCCCGUGGUGGUGCGGAAGAAGGCGCCCACCGCCGCCGCCAAGAAGGACGAGAAGGCCGUCAACGCCGCCCGCCGCUCCGGCGCCGAGAUCGAGACCAUGAAGAAGUAUAACGCUGGAACGAACAAGGCGGCGUCCAGUGGCACAUCCCUCAACACCAAGCGGCUGGAUGACGACACUGAGAACCUUGCCCAUGAGCGUGUCUCAAGUGACCUGAAGAAAAACCUCAUGCAAGCAAGGCUUGAUAAGAAGAUGACCCAGGCGCAGCUUGCUCAGAUGAUCAAUGAGAAGCCCCAGGUGAUCCAGGAAUACGAGUCAGGUAAAGCUAUUCCCAAUCAGCAGAUCAUUGGGAAGCUUGAGAGGGCCCUUGGAACAAAGCUGCGCGGCAAGAAAUAAUGCUCGCCUGCUACCUAUGCUGGGUCUUGAAUACCAUGCAGGAUGUUUCUGUUGGUGCAUGAGUGAAUACUGAAUAAUUAUUAUGUUGUCACAAACCUUGUAAUGCUGCCGCUCUUAUGUGUCAUAGUCCCUAGUGUGCAAGAGUUGUGCUGGACCUUCAAAAACUAACUUGAUAACCUGCGUGGUCUAUGCAUGAUGUUUAUGAAUGAUCUUUGGCUGUUUGCAACUGAUA